CCUUCCGCGCCGGGCCCGUGGGGGCCGCUCCCCGCUGCGUCAUCAGUGAGCGGCGGCCGCUCCUGCCGCCGCUGCCGCUGCCGCCGCCGCCCGCCUGGGAGCCCGAUGGGCUGCUCCUGCGCCCCACCCCGGAGUCUGGAUGCAAGUAUGGACAUAAAAGCCUAUGAUGUUUUCUCCAGUCCACCGCUUCAGAGAUAUUGAGAGGAAGCCUGAAUACCUUCACCCAGAAAAGUGUAUCCCUCCUCCUCGACUGGGUUCUCUGGGAACCAUGUGGUUUAUCAGAGACGGCUGUGGUAUUGCAUGUGCUGUCAUCACCUGGCUCCUGGUCGUAUACGCAGAUUUUGUGGUCCUCUUUGUCAUGCUGAUUCCAUCAAGAAACUAUAUUUAUAGUGUGAUCAAUGGAAUAGUAUUCAACAUUCUUGCUUUCCUGGCUCUUGCUUCUCACUUCCGGGCUAUGUUGACAGAUCCAGGUGCAGUGCCCAAAGGAAACGCCACAAAAGAAUUCAUCGAAAGUUUACAAUUGAAACCAGGGCAAGUCGUAUACAAGUGUCCAAAGUGCUGUAGCAUCAAACCUGACAGAGCCCAUCACUGCAGUGUUUGUAAAAGAUGCAUUCGAAAGAUGGAUCACCAUUGUCCCUGGGUUAAUAACUGUGUGGGAGAGAAUAACCAGAAGUACUUCGUACUGUUUACAAUGUAUAUAGCACUCAUUUCCCUGCAUGCCCUCAUCAUGGUGGGAUUUCAUUUCCUGUAUUGCUUUGAAGAAGACUGGACAGAGUGCAGCUCAUUCACCCCACCUACCACGGUGAUUCUCCUCAUCUUGUUGUGUUUUGAAGCCCUCCUCUUUCUCAUCUUCACCUCCGUCAUGUUUGGGACCCAGGUACACUCCAUCUGCACUGAUGAGACGGGCAUUGAGCGCCUCAAGAAUGAGAACCCCACCUGGGAGAGGACCCUCAACUGGGCAGGGAUGAAGGCGGCGUUCGGAGGCGCCUUUUCACCGAACUGGUUCAACCCUUUUUCGGGCCUGAGUAGGAGUCCGUCUCUUGGGUUGUCCGGAGAGGCGUCAGGCAUCACGGUGCGGUGCUCGGAGGAGACGACUAGCUCCGAGGAGGCCAGGACCUAGGAAGGCCGCCCCCGAGGUCAUGUGGGUGCUGAAAGGGUCUGACCGCCCUUUAGAAUGAGAAACAAAGAUGGGACCAGAGAAAAAAUGAACAUGUUGCACUUCCGCUUCAAAUGAGAGGGCUUCCCCUCGCCUUUCCCCCAAGACCCGUCUGCAAAGACGGUUCCCUUUGAGCCCUUCCCUCUCCCUUCCUUAGCUCUCACCGCAGCUCCCCGAGAGAUGGCCUCCCGGUCAGAGUCCCUGAAGCCCCGGACCCUGAGCUCCCUCCGGCCUUCCCUCUCCGCUUGGCGGCAGCAGCGUAGACGCCGGAAGCGGCCCCCGUGAUCUUUGCUCCUCCUGGGAAACCUGCCCGUCCGGGGGACACGCCGGAGCCCUUCUCCGGGCCUCGGCUUACAAGCUGGACUCUCACUGACCACGGAGAGAAGAGGGAGGGCCUGAAUGUCGGGCCCCGACUUUGGGGAUCGGCAGCCCCCCGCCUAUCCCUGUCUUCUGGAUAGUGGAGUCAAGGCCAGAGCCUGUGAGAGUUGGGCCGGAAGCCCUUCCCCGGAAGUGGGGACAUUUCAGGGACUCCCCCAUCUUCCGGGGGGUCGGGAAGGCAGGGCAGGCCGCGACGACUUCCCGUCUUGUGCUUCCGUGUCCUUCCUCUCACCCAAGCUCAGACGUGUGGGGGUCAGCGAGAGCCGCUGCGGAAAGGCGCGCCCACUCUGAGCGACGUCCGUCGAAUGUGCAAUACGUGCCUCCUGCACGGCGGAGGGGGCAUCGCCGAUCCUCCCGUCCCCGAUGGCAGGAUCCGUGGAGAAGAGGACUCCGGCGACGAGUUCCACAUGUACAGCACUAAAGAGAUUAAUAUAUAUACACACCUGGGGCUCGUGCCCAGAGCGCGGCCUAGGAAGGCGGCCCCGGAGGCGACUCUUCAUGGAGGAAUCGGCAGGGCUUGGCUCGCACCAAAAGAAGAGGAGCUCGUGUCCUCGGUGGCCAAGGACCCCGAUCGAGCUGAGCAGUCUGGGGAUUCGAGUAUCUUACAGAAUAUUGAGCGUGUCUCGUAUUGCACAUAGGAAGAUCCAUCCAGGGGUAAAGGUGGUUUCACAGCCGGUCGAGGGCUUCGGUGUCUGUGUUCAGCCUCUCUGCGGCUGCCUUUUCUCUCAGACUCUGUUUCGGGUCCCCCAGCCAAAGGAAACCUCGAAUCUGGUUCCGGCCUUUCACGUAACCAGCAAAAAGAAAAGGGCCUCCUUCCAAGGAAGGUCCCCACGAAGCGAUGCCGCUGGAGGAUUCAAACCACAUCGAGACUUGCUUCCAGGAAAGCUGUUCUCGGAAGGCCGUGCACGGCGCCUUCCACGGCUCCCCUCAGGCCAGUCGGGGCCCGACUGUCGGGAUGCAAAAGAAAGCCCUGUAUGGGCCUUCCAGGUGCCUUGUGGGACGCGCGCGCAUCCCCUCGCGCGUCUUCCAACAUCCUGGCCUCGCCGUCUUCUCUCCGGCACGGCUCUAACUGGAGUGACUUGUGGGAGUGAGGCCGCCUUCAUGGGCCAUUUCCCAGGAGGCUGGGCAGAGGGCCCCCGAGCCAAGCGCAGGUGAGGGUCUUCCUCCCUGGUGCUCCCCUUUGUACGAGGCCCCGUCACUGCCCCUUUGCCAGGCGUCCUUCAGAAACAGCGGCUUCCCCCGACCUCCCUCCGGUGGGAUCCUUGCCUUGUGCUCCCCGAGGGGCUGCGGGCUUGUUUUUCCAGUCCGCCUUUAGAUGACAUCAGCAGAAAACCAACUCGAGCUGCAGCACCCCGAAUCCAGUCCUCAGCUGGCUUCAAACCUGUCCAGCAACUCCAGUAUGCUAUUCUGAUUCUAUCUGUUCUAGGCUAGAGAAGAGGCCCCGCUUUAAUAAGGCAAGAUCAGGCUUUUGGGAAUUGAGGGUAGGGCAUUCUCUCUCUCUUUUUAAUUUUUAAACUUUAUUUAGAAUGUUUUUCCACGGUUACAUGAUUCAUGAUCUUUCCCACCCCUGUUCCCUUCCCCCUCCCGGAGGGUUUAGGGCCUUCUUCAGAAAGAACUGAGAGUUUUCACAGAUGGGGAAAAGGAUAGGAAAAUGGCGGCCUUGUCAGAAUGGCGUUUCCUUACAAAUUAAGUGAAGGAUGAUAAUGAAUAUUGGUGUUGGGAUCUCUUUGUUAUCACUAACUGUGAUUAAUGUUCACUCUUACUGAUAUGGCUGGUGCAUUGGGGGAAUGAAUUAUUCAGUCAGUUGAGCUUAUUUGCAAUUUCUACCAUAAAUGCACAGAAUACAAAACCCAAGAAAGGAGGAGGACACUCACUUCUCCAGUCCCUAAAGGCUUUAUGAGGCUUCUGGGCUGUCCAUCUGAUUUUCUCAGGAGCAGCUUUAUUAUUAGUGAAAUGAGACUAUCCUGAGCCCAGGAUGGCUCUUUAGGCCAGUGAAGCUUUCGCUUAAGACUGGUUGCCUGCACUAUGUGUCAUCUGAUGGUUAGGAAUUCAGUGUUAUGGUCCAAAGGCAAAAUGUCCUGUUAUCUCCUCUGGAAAUUAUUCCAGAAUUAUUAUUCUCUGAGGAUCAGGACCACCGGAUUUGUCCUCCCAUCCAUUCAAGAGGCAGCUCAGGACUUAUAGAACACAGAGUUGAAUACCAAAGAUCCAACCUAUCUCCAGAAGUCUUAUGGUUCUUUUUUGCAGUCUUUGUGUGAGAUGGAGGAAAUAACACAGGGACUGCAUCAAAUGGAGAUAUGUAGUAGAACCUAAAAGUCUGAGCUCCAGAAUGUAUCUAGUCAUCCCAAAAGCCACUCCAAAAAAGAAAAAAUGGAGAGUUCCAUUUAUCAGAAGUGCCUUAACCAAUUGGUUCACCCUUUAUGCACACCAGCUCCAAUUUUCUUUGGAUCUAAAGCAGGGUCUCGGUUCGGGACUGACGCCUGAGAGGGCAGCUAGGGACUUGGGCAUGGUGUUACCUGGCCGUCGUGAGAGCUGAGCAGUUCUCAAUUCCGUCAUCUGCAGACCAGCAACAGCAGCCCUGGUCCUAUUACUAGAGCAUCCCACUUUCCUUUGCAUCCGAUGGCCUGUCCCAUUUGGCUCCCUGGCACUUAGGCGUGAGGCAAACACGUUGCUCUGUCCAAGUUAUAACGAACCAAAGCCGUUUUGGACAGAGUAGCCCUCGCAGGACAAGGCUGCCAUUCCGAAAACUCAGUCUUCAGGAGUUUGCAAGGAAAUCAUGAGGUGUUAGAGACUGCUGGGCCCAAGUAUUGACCUUUGGAUGUGGAAAGAAAAACCCUCGGCGUGGAGUUGUGGCUUCUGGGGCCAUUUUCUCUUGUGUCCAAGAAAGAGAGAGAGAGCUGGAAGCUUGCCCUCUCAGUCCCCCUACUUCUCUGUGCCUGCAUGAGACCCCUGGCAGGGACCGUGCAACCUUCUGAGGAGGCCCAUCUGGGCUUGGGGGUGGGGGUAGUUUGUUCUUUCAUGUCAUGGGGUGAAAUGUGAAGGGGUGUCACGCACCUCCAGAAUCCACAGUUGCUACUCCUCGUUUCCAGCCUCCAAGCAUUUUCUUGUGCUCUUGGUGUUUGUAGUAAUGUUCAGUGCCUUGAAGAGUUUAUUUACUAAAACACGUCAUUUCUCUCA